ACGUCGAAAAUUACAGACCUCAUCCCUUCUCUCUUCUUACGAAUCACUGGCUUCAAUCGACCUCAACACAUGGAGCACACUCAAUAAGUUGAGCAGAGAAGUGAAAGAAUCUUGGUUGGUAGCUAAGUUUGGGUUUGUACUUGUGAAUGAGGUGUGCCUUUUACUGCGUUCUAUCUCUGGCAAAUGUUACUGAUUCCGAAAAAAAAAAUAUCUUGUGUAACUGUGACCUCUCUCUACCUGGUGUCCAACAGGAAAGUAUAGAAAUGGUGGCUGAAUUUGUCGAUAACCACUGCCCACACCUUGUACGAUUUACUCCGAAUAACUACCCUCCAUUGUUGACUCCACCCACAAACACCUGUUUUGACUGUGACCGACCAUUGGUGUCUAAUCAUUCUUGCCAUAUAAAGUGUUACUCUCUGAAUGGUUUUGUCAGAGGAAGAAAGUGUACGCUAAGGUGUAAAGCUUGCAACAUAACUUAUAACUAUGCUCACUUUGGAAACAAGUCUGAGAAUGGAUUCCGUAUGUACCCCCAAACUCAAACAUAUGUUGAAGUGUCUGACACCGUUUAUUUUUCAAGGGAUUUGUUGGAGUGGCAGUGUAGCCUUGCUAAUCACUCUUGGGUUUCCUUUCAAGGGUUUGCUGAAAGUUACAAUACUGCUUUAGAGAUACCACCAGAUGAAGAGCUUAGUCCCUAUAUUGUUGGGGAAGCCUUCUAUAAUGGAGAAGUGGAGAAUGAGUUGAGACGAGUCAAUAAGAUCGACUAUCGUUUCCAUAAAGACAGUGAGAGAGAGGAGUGUAUGGAAAGGAUUGAAGAAGUAAGGCGGCAAUCUAUAUACCACCACAAAGAAGACACGUGUACUGCUGAAUGCAAGAAAAGAGGUUGUGGUCAACUGUGGGUUACAGAUGGAAUUUGGAAGACUGUUUUCCCACACUGCAUGUUCAAAGUUGAGCAAAUCAGUGAUGGAAUUCCAGCUCUCAAUUUACCUGAUGUGUGUACAAACUCCCCAAUUCGCAAUAAGGCGUUUUGCGAGGAACACUGUCUUUUGCUACAGAAUGAAGCUCCUGAUGUACCUAUUGAUCUGAGACAGUUUCUCAAAUAUUGUGGUGCUCAAGCAGUUGAAAAUGAAGAGGAGUGUGAGGGUGACACUGAUACUGUUGAUGCAGUUGUGAACUCUAUUAAAGUCAAUACAAACCAAUUUGGAACAUCUGCUACCACCUCACAAGGUACUGCAGCUUUAAUUGAGAAGCAUCCUGAACUAGUACGAAGUACUGUGUAUGAUGACCCUAAUGAACGAGUUUGCAGGAAAGAUACGGGUAAAUCCAAACGGUUGAGGAAGUGGUCUAGAGGGCACCAAUUUGUCAUCAGAGGGGGUGGUCAUAUUGACACUUGGCAACCAUUGUACAGGUCUGAAUCGCCAUCACAAGUUUUCUUAAUUUUGAUUCAAUGGCUGCUGUCUCUAGCUAAGUCUCGUGGUGGUAUUGGGAAGCCUAUCUCAUUGGCCUAUGACAACAUGUGCAAUUUAGCAAAGCUGAAGGCUGCUCGUGCUCCUCUACCAUUUACUCCGCCAUUGGACCGUUUGUGGCUUGAUGUCAACAAAAUCAUCGAUGUGUUUCAUUUUCAAAACCAUGUGUCUCCAGAUUGUAAAUUAAAGUUUUCUCCUGCUGAACUGAAGAGCGAGAAUCCUGACUUCAAUACACAGGCUGGGGAGCAGACAUUUGUUUGGGUACAUCGGUUUAGUCACAUUCUGUGCUCAAUGAACAAGGUUCACCACCUUUUUUAUCUCCACCGAAUGGUGUUAAGGCGAAACGAGUAUACCAGCAAGUGCUAUGCUAGAGGAAAAAAGCCAAUUCUCCCAAAAGGAACUGCAAAGUAACUGUUUUAGAAGUAAAUUGUUUUGCAUUGCUUAUACAUGUGAAUGUGUUGAGAUAUACAUGCAGUCACCUAAUUAGCAAUUACUAUCACUUUACUUUAUAUGAUACCUAUAUACGACUAGAAAAACA